AUGGUGAGGAACAUAUCGCCUUAUUCGCGAACACACGCAUCGCCAAUGCUAUCACGUACUAGCAGUAACAACCGGAGUAGCUCUAUGCCGUUAACGGACUCAGGAGGAAUCACAUCACCGCCUCGUCAUCCGUACGCGAGCGUAAUGGCACAAGCUGGUGAAGACUGGAGCCACGAUGAUGAUGGAGAUGAAGACGAACUCUCUUAUGAUGAUGAUGAUGAGGACGAGUUUGGGCUCCCCAGCGUUACGAGCAUGCGGAAAAAGAAGUCGAAAGCUCCCUCUCGACAACAGGCCCAGGUUAAAGGGAAUUAUGGGCGGGGUAGAUCGAAAAGCAGAUCAAAUGGCUCCUCAAAUCUGGCACCCAAUUUAGGCACUUUGAGGCUACGUGCAAAUAGCUCUGAUAUUGCAGAGGAACGAGGUGUCCUCACCUACCCAAUGGCAAAGAGAGCUGACGGCAAGAUCUUACGUCCUCAGUACAAGGAGAUACUGACAGAUCCUGCAAACUCACUACACCUAAUAAAUCACUCUCCACCUCCAACAAACGGUUCACCCAAAGAACUAGAAGUUCACUUGAGUCGUAUUAGCAGGAUCAACAAGUUCAAACGAAUUCUCCAAGCAAGCACCGUAUCGCUUCCAGAACUUCGCGACCUAGCCUGGUCUGGUAUUCCAGAUGAAGUUCGAGCGAUGACUUGGCAGCUUCUACUCGGAUAUUUGCCAACAAACAGUGAGCGCCGGGUCGCUGCUCUGGAUAGAAAACGGAAGGAAUACCUUGAUGGUGUUCGACAGGCCUUUGAAAGGGCCAGCUCAACUGUUGAUAAACUAGGCGAAACGGGCUCUACAUCAAAUGUUGGGAAUGGAAGAGGUUUGGACGAAGCUAUCUGGCAUCAAAUAAGUAUCGAUAUUCCCCGGACAAACCCUCAUAUUCCGCUAUAUGGCUACGAGGCAACGCAAAGAUCCUUAGGAAGAAUUUUAUAUGUUUGGGCUAUACGUCAUCCCGCAAGUGGAUACGUGCAAGGCAUAAACGACCUAGUCACACCAUUCUGGCAGGUCUUUCUAGGGGCAUAUAUUACGGAUCUUAACAUAGAGGAGGGAAUGGAUCCAGGGCAACUACCCAAAGCUGUUCUUGAUGCCGUGGAGGCUGAUUCAUUUUGGUGUUUAACAAAGCUUCUCGAUGGUAUUCAAGAUAAUUAUAUAUAUGCUCAACCUGGUAUACACAGACAAGUCGGUGCUCUGCGCGAUCUCACGAUGCGGAUUGAUUCCACGCUUGCAAAACAUUUAGAAAAUGAGGGCGUUGAAUUCAUGCAGUUCAGCUUCCGGUGGAUGAACUGUCUUUUGAUGAGAGAGGUCAGCAUCCAAAACACAAUAAGGAUGUGGGAUACCUAUAUGGCCGAAGAGCAAGGCUUCUCCAGGUUUCACCUUUACGUAUGCGCAGCUUUCCUUGUCAAGUGGUCUGAGCAACUGCUUAAGAUGGAUUUCCAGGAAAUCAUGAUGUUUAUCCAAGCCCUUCCCACCAAGGAUUGGACCGAAAAAAAUAUUGAGCUUCUCCUGAGCGAGGCGUUUAUAUGGCAGAGUUUGUUUCAGGAUUCGAGUGCCCAUCUCCGCUCUAGCGUUGGGACGCCCUCUGGCGCGGGGAAAUGUGAUUAA